CUCACGCUGCGUAUAUUUGCUUUGCUUCCAAGAAUACGACUUGAGAGAUGACAAAAAUAUAUCUAUCUAUCAAAGAGGCUAAAACUAGGUAGGUUUCUUGAGAGUUUGACGAGUUUAGGUUUUUUUUUCCAAUUUUUACCGUUUUAAAAAAGGUUACAGGUAUAAUGUACCCUUCUACUGUGUCAUUUUAUCAAACAUGGCCCUCUACUAUUUUUUACAUCAAACAUGCUCAUGUACUUUGGAAAUAUGAUCAAACGUGUCAUUCUGUUAAAAUUUCCAUGGUUGAACCGAGAUUUAGACGACCCGACAUCGGCAAAUGGGAGGGAAAAUGUCAGUUUUACUUUUAUCCCCUAUUUUAUUUAUCUGGGUCUCAUAAAAGUGAAAUUAUUAGAAUUAUUGGGCUAUACAAAAGAACCAAAAAAAUUCAAAAGUGAAAUUAUUAGAGAUAUUUUAGACAUUUGUGUCACCCUAACCAAAGUUUGGCCGUGGUUAACGGUUUUUGGAUGAAAAUUUUAACAGAAGGGCAUGUUUGAUCAUAUUUCCAAAAUACAGAGGCAAUAUUUGAUGUAAGAAAUAGUAGAAUGACAUAGUAGACAGACAAAUUAUACCUAUAACCCUUUAAAAUUUUUUGACCGUCUACCGAUUUGAAGGAAAAACUAUUUUCUGGGGCCGUUUCUAGCACCAACUCCGGUCUAACCCAGUCCAACCAACCGGCCCGACUACCACUUGACAAUACUGCAUACUGAGCUAGCAAAAGGUAAUGGAAAAGUCACACAAAGAUCAAGAUCGGCUCCAAAAAGAAAAGAAAAAAACACGAGACCUGCGAGAACCCAACUGAAACCAUAUUAAAUAACAUCAACUAGCUUGGUUGGGUGGAGAAUUGGAAAUUGUGAUCAACGAAAACUCAACUAGCUAGAAAGCCUCCAAAAGAAAGAACACUAAUAAAGAAAGGAGAACCUGAUUCAUGAGGUUCGUCGGAAAAUCCUAUUUCCAUAUUGAAAUUUCUGCAAAAAAAUAUUAGAGUUUCACUUAACUUAGAAUACACAUUUAACAGAGAUCAUCAUCACCUUACCUAUCAUUCAACAUAAUACUGAAAGUUUGAGCACCAUUGUUGGCGUGGGACCCAAGCCAAGAGAGCGACAAAAGGUCCCAUCCCAUCCAUCCAUCCAAACACAUGAAAGAAUAUAUUCCCUGCUUCACCAGAUGAUGUUGCUACUAAUGGUUGGCUGGCUGCCUGUUUAUUUAUUCAUAAAAAAUCGUAAUCGUGUAAUUAAACGAGGGGUUCGUUGGGAUAUUGAAGGCGACAUUUCUUCCUCAUGUCUCUCAACCUCUUUUUAAAGCUCUCUAAGCACAGUUUUCCUCUUGUCCCAAAUGAGCGACACAUGUUCUUCUUCUUCAGCCUACGAACAGCAACAAAUUAGCUCAAAGGUUGGUUUACUGUAUUUUUUUCUUUUUCACUGUUCACAGAGACGCAGACUUAUAUUUGAUGCAGAGGUGUGGGGAAUGGAUGUCUGUCUGUUUGUUUCUCGAGAAACGGGGUGAAGAAAAAAAGGGAAAUUUCCCUCUGUCCGGAUUUUAGCUUCCCAACGUUAUUUCCCUCCUGCUCUGUUUUUUUGUUUUGUUUUGCAUGAACGUGUCUCGAUUUUGCCCAGCUUUUCGUCGGCUUAUCCUGUGGAGAAUCUGUUUUUGGUAGCAGUGGGAAUCUUUUUUGUGUGGCAGCUUGGCAUGUGUCCCCUGCCUUCCCUCAAUGCAUGCCUGAUUUUCAUGGCUGACAUUUUCAUUUUAUCCCCUGCUGCCGUUAUCACAUAUUUACUGUGAGAAUAUGCUGAUUGCCUGAAAGCUGUUAAUUAGUUUCUUCGUCUCAGUGAAGAUGGAGGAGGGUGGUGGUGGGGUGAAGAAGGAGAAGUCAAUAGAGAGAGUGGUGUCGCAGAAGGCGCUGCAAAUGGGGAGUUCAUUCCCAUGUCAAAUCUGUGUGGUGGGUUUUCUCUGUGGAGUCUGCCUUACCUCUCUCUUCCUCGCUGCUCUUACCUCUUUCGGCAGUUUUGGCUUUGGCAAUGGCGGCUCUGCAAGUUCGUUCUCAGCACUUGCUGCUUCCACCGCCAAUUCCACUUCUAACUUCAUCGAUAUGGUUACAACAACAACUAGCACUUGUACAACAAACUGCAAAGUUCAGAAAAAGGGGGCAGACAGAUUAGCUGCCGAUUCACAGGAAAGCGGAACAGAGAGCUACAAUGAGAGAGUGUCUCAGCUGUAUUCAGCCUGGAGCUCGUUGUUAAGCGAACCACAAGAUGGACAUUAUUACAGCGAGCCAUCGAGAAGAACGAGUACCGAGGUCAGCAAAAAAUACACUGUAGUAGCAAAUGCACCACACCUCGAGGACUGCAAGUCAACUGCUAGAGUGAACCGUCGACUCGAUCAUCGUGCUGAGAAUGCGAGUUACCCUCCAUGGACGACUUGGAAGGGUCGGCUGGAUAGUUACCCCAAUGCGGACCAGAGCAGCAGGUCGAGGCGUGACCAGUCCAUUUCUGAAGGUGCUUACCCUCCUUGGAUAAGUGGAUCAGACGAAGAGAACUACCCUCUAACACGAAGAGUGCAACGAGACAUAUGGGCACAUCAGCAUCCACCAAACUGCAGGGACGACCCUGAAGUCAAAUUCCUCGUGGCCGAUUUCGAGAGGCUCCCAGGGUUUGGGAUCGGAGCUCAGUUUGCUGGAAUGUGUGGACUUCUAGCCAUUGCAAUUACGGAGAAAAGGGUCCUCGUGACAAACUACUAUAACCGCGCUGAUCAUGAUGGUUGCAAAGGUUCUUUUCGCGGCAGCUGGUCUUGCUACUUCUUUCCUGAAACGUCUCAGGAGUGCAGAGACAGGGCGUUUGAGGUUAUGGGAGAUAGAGAAGCUUGGGAGAAAGGGAUCAUAACUAGUAAAGACAACUAUACAUCAAAGGAGAUUUGGGCUGGUAGAACUCCAAGGGUAUGGGGUGAGCCUUGGAGUUAUUUACAGCCAACAACUGAGAUCAAUGGCAGUUUGGUUGCUUUCCAUCGCAAAAUGGACCGUCGAUGGUGGAGAGCACAGGCAAUCCGUUACUUGAUGAGAUUUCAAACAGAGUACACUUGUGAAUUGAUGAACUCUGCCCGCCACGCCGCAUUUGGAGAGGAAGCUGCAAAGAUGGUCGUCAGCAGCCUUGGAGAAGACUGGGACAAGGAAGCCGAGGGAAACAGCAGGAAAAUGGGAGAGAUAGAAGAGUACGUGUGGUCGAAUCACAAGCCAUGGAUUCCCAGGCCACUUCUGAGCAUGCACGUCAGAAUGGGAGACAAAGCCUGCGAGAUGAAGUUGGUCGAAUUCGAAGGCUACGUUCGCUUAGCCGACAGGAUUAGGCAGCGCUUCCCACAUCUCGAUCGCGUCUGGCUUUCGACGGAGAUGGAGGACGUGAUCGAGAAGACGAAGCAGUACAAGAAAUGGAAGUUCUACUACACGAACGUGACGAGGCAGGUUGGGAACAUAACGAUGGCUAGGUACGAGGCAAGCUUAGGGAGGCAGACCAGCACAAACUACCCGCUGGUGAAUUUCUUGAUGGCCACGGAAUCCGAUUUCUUCGUGGGAGCUCUCGGUUCGACGUGGUGUUUUCUGAUCGAUGGGAUGAGGAACACCGGCGGGAAAGUUAUGGCCGGAUACUUGAGCGUAAACAAAGACCGGUUCUGGUAAUGUAUUGGAACGAUCCUAAUCCCCCUGAGGUGCACUCUGGUUUACUUACAGAUGUGGAUGUAGAUAUCUAAAUGCAACUUCACGUAUAUACAUGUAUUUUUUGGUGUCUUGGUGAGUCAGCGACUAGAGAUUUGUGUGUGGUGUUAGUUUGUACUGUAUGUAGGUGUACAUCAAGAACAAUUAGUUUGUGUAAGGCACUCUCGUCUGCUCGACGAACGAUAGCACGAGACAUUAAUGUUAAAAUGUCUUACGGUUUGGACCGCAAUGUUGUAGCUUUUGUUCUAAAAGUAGUUUGCACAAGAAGUGCUUUUUUUAUUUUACUUUUGAUAUCCAGAUUUUAAGGCCAUACUGGAUCAAGUUUGGAUUGGUUUUGCUGGCAAGAAAAGGAAGAAAAAACAUUACAAACUAAUGCAUUUAUUCUUCAUUUCGUACUACCGAACUCCGAAAAUCAGCCAAAGUGCCAAACAGUUCCCGAAUUCAGACCCACAAAGACAAAGGGUACAUUUUCAGUUUGGUCGGUUUGACAUGCAGUUUGUUCCGGUUUAGUCGGAUUUAUCGAACUGCAUGCCACUCCUAAGGUGUUAGCAUCAUAACACUUUAAGUGUUGUUAUACUAUCUAUUCUCAAUAACAAGUGAAAAAACGAGUAAGACAGAAGAGUCCAGCAAAAAAGCAAGCAGCGGAGUUAAGAGAGACGGCGGACGCCGAGGCGAGGGAAACCCUCAACCAGAAAAUCUGCUGCUUGUUUGUUAACUUGAUAACCAAUAACUCGAGUACAAUUGGAUUAAUGCACAAACAACAAAUGAAGGAACCAAACCAAAGAACAAACUACUAGGCUGAGACAGGGAGAAUGGGAGAUGGAGAUAUAAAGACAGAUGAAACAAGAGGAUCAGGAUCUCCAUCCGAUACACCCUCUGCAAAUUUUCACAUCACAUAACAAAUACAGCAUGUGGGAAGUUUCACAAUCAACCCAUCAAAAGAGUAAACUCAACCUAACCAACCAAUAUAUUCUUCAUAAAUCAAUCCCCUGGCGAUUCACAAGAAGCUGCAUUGUCAAACCCGUCCGGAAAUUAUGUCAUGCCUCGGAAGAAAAGAGCCUUGCCUCACCCGCCCUUUUCUGCAGGCACUCUGAAGGGCCAAACACUUGAGGAAUGCUUCUCGGCAUCAUUGAUCUUCAGCAUUUCCACUGUGAUUAUGUGCCCCAACACUAUCCCCUCCUCCUCCGCCCCCGGUUCUUGCUGCCUGCUGGUGUUGCUUCCUAUGAUGUUUCUUGGUCCUGGCUUUCCUAGCUUUCAUCCGCCGCUUCUUCUCAUUGGCAUCAACCCACUUGUAAUCUGAUGGUAUAUGGAAGGGGUCAACCUCAUCCUUGUACCGAUGGCUGUCACUAUCACUCGACUGACCUCCUCGACUUCCACCUUUCAUCCAUGAAGAUAUCCAUGAUGUAGUUGUAGACCCAGCAUCUGAUGAGAAUUCCCUGGACUUUGAAUCCUGGAAAUGUGUUGGGCUGGAGAGAGGCGUUGAGAAUUCCUCCACAGGCCGAAGCUCCUCAAACUUCGUGAAUGUCACAAUCACCCUUAUGGUUGGAACAAUAGGUAUAGCUACCUACAGUUGCAAACAAUAGAUAAUAAGUCAUAAUCUUGGAUUGUGAGCAUCCACUCCCCAAUGGGUUAGUACAAGGAGGCCAAAGUUCAACAGCUGUAUCAUCUAGCUUUUCCACCCAACAAAAUUCGAGCUUAGUUUCCUGCUACUACAAGCAGCAGCAACUAUGAAACACUAGGCAAGCACAUUUCAUUCAAUAACUGAUGGGAUUGAUAAUCACAUGAAACUUCUCAGAGUUAUCGGAUCCUUCUCAAAGAGUGGGGUAACACAUCCGCCAUACAGUUUGUAAUUCACUUACAUUUCUCAUGGAAAAGCAUGCAAAAACUCUUGCAAGCUAUGUCCAUAUCUAGGCACCUAAGCCUUGUGUUGGAUUUGAAACAGGC